AUGACUCUUUCCGUCAGCGAGUUCGAGGCGCUCUCCGCCAUCCACGUCCGCGAGCCCAUUCCCACCAACCUCCUCACUCGCGCCCUUGCCUCUCCACCCUUCAUCCCCUCGCGCACCCUCAUCAACAUCCGUGAUCUCGGGGACGUCCCCGGCAGCGCCCUUCCCAAGGGUCGCUUCUACCGCUCCGGCACACUCGACGAUGCCGGAGCCGACCCAGAGGCAACCGCCUGGCUCGCCGCACAUGUCAAGCGCAUCUUCGACCUGCGCAAAGGCUCAGAGCGCACCCGCAACCCUAGCCCCGUCGUGCCGGGUGUCGAGAACGUUUGGCAUGAGCAAGAUGGCGAGUAUACGCAGCCUUCACUAGAGGAGUUUGCAGUCGGAGAGGGGGACGCUGCUUGGAAGCGCCAGUACUUGAUCGUGACGCGGGUGUACAAGCCCACCAUUCGUUCCGUGCUGGAGCAUGUACGAGAUCGGCCAACUGAGCCUUUUCUAUUUCAUUGCACCGCUGGCCGAGACCGAACCGGCGUCGUCGCCGGCCUUCUGCAGAGUCUCGCCGGCACAGCGACCGACCAAGUCAUCUUUGACUACAUGCUAUCACGCAUCGGUAUCGAGAUUGCUCGAGAGAAGCUCACUGCCUUCGCCGUGGCCAGUGUGGGCAUCACAGACCCAGAGACACCUGGUUUUUGGAACCUCACCAACCUAAAGCCGUCGUACUGGAUGGCGUUCCUAGAGGGGCUGCAGGAAGAGUAUGGCGGCUGGGAUGGUUAUGUCACCAAAGGCCUGGGGUUCUCCGAGGAGGACUUGGAGACUAUCAAGAAGAACCUGCGAGAGUAG